UUCAGUAAUACCUGAAAACUACUAAUGAAACAAAUGUCAGUUUCCACCAGCACAACUGGGACUACUAGGGAUAUCUAACAUGCUGUUACUAAUCAAUGUCUAUCUCACCUUGUUGAUUUCCUGGGUCAGUGGACAAGAACAGUCAUGUAAUCCUCCCAAUAUUCCCAAUGGUGUCUUCUCACCUGUGAGGAUUGAACACAGAACUGGAGAUGAAAUCAGGUAUGAGUGUAAAAACGGAUUUCAUCCUGCAACUCAUGUAAAUAUAGCAACAUGCACAAGUAAUGGCUGGUCACCUCCUCCAAGAUGCACAUUGAAACCUUGUGAUUUUCCACAAAUAAAACAUGGACAACUAUAUGAUGAGGGUAGAUAUAGACCAUACUUUCCAGUAGCUAUUGGAAAACGUUUCUACUAUCACUGUCACCAUAAUUUUGUGACUCCUUCACGACAUCAUUGGGAGUACAUUCACUGCACACAAGAAGGAUGGUUACCAGCAAAACCAUGCCGCAGACAAUGUACUUUUAAUUAUUUGGAAAAUGGACAAUAUCCAUAUUAUGGAAGAACAUAUAUAGAGGGUGAAUCUGUACGAGUCAGUUGCAAUUCUGGCUACAGUCUUCCCAAUGGGCAGACCAAACUUACUUGUACAGAGACUGGCUGGCUCCCUCCUCCCAAAUGCAUCCGUGUCCAUUCUCUAGAAAAAUGUGGGCCUCCUCCACCUAUUAGCAAUGGAGACAUCACAUCCUUCCUAUUAAAAGUAUACCUUCCACAGUCAAGAGUCGAGUACCAAUGCCAGUCCUACUAUGAACUUCAUGGUUCUAAAUAUGUGACAUGUAGUAAUGGAGAGUGGUCAGAGCCACCAAGAUGUAUACAUCCAUGUGUAAUAACUGAACGAAAGCUGAAUAAAAAUAACAUACAGUUAAAAUGGAAAAGUGACACAAAACAUUAUGCCAAAACAGAGGAUGUCAUUGAAUUUGCAUGUAAACCGGGAUAUAAGGCACAGACAGCAGUGCAAUCAUUUCGCGCAGUGUGUCGGGAGGGGCUGGUGGAAUACCCCAGAUGUGAAUAAACAGGCUCUAUUCCCCUACA